UGAAAAAUAAGUUCUUUUCGUUUUCAUCGAAACAAUGGCGAAGAACGUUGGGAUUUUGGCUAUGGAUAUCUAUUUCCCUCCCACUUGUGUUCAACAGGAAGCAUUGGAAGCUCAUGAUGGAGCAAGCAAAGGGAAAUACACUAUUGGACUUGGCCAAGAUUGCUUAGCUUUUUGCACUGAGCUUGAAGAUGUUAUCUCUAUGAGUUUCAAUGCGGUGACAUCACUUUUCGAGAAGUAUAAGAUUGACCCGAACCAAAUCGGGCGUCUUGAAGUAGGAAGCGAGACUGUCAUUGACAAAAGCAAGUCUAUCAAGACAUUCUUGAUGCAGCUCUUUGAGAAAUGUGGAAACACUGAUGUCGAAGGUGUUGAUUCGACCAAUGCUUGCUAUGGUGGAACUGCGGCUUUGUUAAACUGUGUCAAUUGGGUUGAGAGUAACUCAUGGGAUGGACGUUAUGGCCUCGUCAUUUGUACUGACAGCGCGGUUUAUGCAGAAGGACCCGCAAGGCCCACUGGAGGAGCUGCAGCGAUUGCUAUGUUGAUAGGACCCGAUGCUCCUAUCGUUUUCGAAAGCAAAUUGAGAGGAAGCCACAUGGCUCAUGUCUAUGACUUUUACAAGCCCAAUCUUGCUAGCGAGUACCCGGUUGUUGAUGGUAAGCUUUCACAGACUUGCUACCUUAUGGCUCUUGAUUCUUGCUAUAAACAUUUAUGCAACAAGUUCAAGAAAAUCGAGGGCAAAGAGUUUUCCAUCAAUGAUGCUGAUUACUUUGUUUUCCAUUCUCCAUACAAUAAACUUGUACAGAAAAGCUUUGCUCGUCUCUUGUACAACGACUUCUUGAGAAACGCAAGCUCCAUUGACGAGGCUGCCAAAGAAAAGUUCACCCCUUAUUCAUCUUUGUCCCUCGAUGAGAGUUACCAAAGCCGUGAUCUUGAAAAGGUGUCACAACAAAUUGCGAAACCGUUUUAUGAUGCUAAAGUGCAACCGACGACUUUAAUACCAAAGGAAGUCGGUAACAUGUACACUGCUUCUCUCUACGCUGCAUUUGCUUCCCUCAUCCACAAUAAACACAACGAUUUGGCGGGAAAGCGGGUGGUUAUGUUCUCAUAUGGAAGUGGCUCAACCGCAACAAUGUUCUCAUUACGCCUCAACGACAAUCAGCCUCCUUUCAGCGUUUCAAACAUCGCAUCUGUAAUGGAUGUUGGCGGUAAAUUGAAGGCUAGACAUGAGUAUGCACCUGAGAAGUUUGUGGAGACAAUGAAGCUAAUGGAACAUAGAUAUGGAGCCAAGGACUUUGUGACAAGCAAGGAGGGUAUAAUAGACCUUUUGGCACCGGGAACUUAUUAUCUGAAAGAGGUUGAUUCCUUGUACCGGAGAUUCUAUGGCAAGAAAGGUGAUGAUGGAUCCAUAGCCAAUGGACACUGAUUCUUGAAAGGAACAAAUCAUAAAUCUCCUG